AUGUCUUUCUUUCUUUCUUUCUUUCUUUCUUUCUUUCUUUCUUUCUUAGACCUUAUAUGUCUUUCUUUCUUUCUUUCUUUCUUUCUUUCUUUCUUUCUUUCUUUCUUUGACCAGCUAUUUCAUGCUUGUCUUUCUUUCCUUUUCUCACUCUUUUGCUUUUCUUUCUUUCUUUCUUUCUUUCUUUCUUUCUUUCUUUCUUUCUUUCUUUCCACUCUAAAAGGUUCAUUCCGCCUUCGUAGUCUCUGGCUUUUUCUUAACCCUUUGAUGUUUCUUCUUUUCCUCCUUUCCGUUUCAUUUCGCUUUUUACAUUCAACCCACACCGCCACUAUGCUCCCCAUCCCUUUAUUUAACCCCCUUUUCCCUAUUCUCCUCUCCAUUGUACUUUUAUCCAUUACCUUAUACUUCUUUCUUUCUUUCUUUCUUUCUUUCUUUCUUUCUACUUCGUCUUCAUUUUUUCUUCUUCCUCUUCAUUUUUCUUCUUCAUUUUUCAUUCUUCGUCUUCUUCCUCUCUUCAUUCAAUACUUCUUUACUUUUUCAUUUUUCGUCUUCAUGUUACAUUUUUCAGAUUCUUCAUUCUUCAUCAUUUUCUUCAUUCGACAUACUCAUUCUUUUUAUUCAUUCUUCGUCUUCUUCAUUCUUCGUAUUCUUCAUUUUUCUUCUUCAUUCUUCGUAUUUUUCAUUCUUCUUAUUCAUUCUUCGUUUUCUUCAUUCUUCGUAUUCUUCAUUUUUCUUCUUCAUUCUUCGUAUUUUUCAUUCUUCUUAUUCAUUCUUCGUCUUUUUCAUUCUUCGUAUUCUUCAUUUUUCUCCUUCAUUCUUAUGUAUUUUUCAUUCUUAUAUUCAUUCUUCGUUUUCUUCAUUCUUCGUAUUUUUCAUUCUUCUUAUUCAUUCUUCGUCUUUUUCAUUCUUCGUAUUCUUCAUUUUUCUCCUUCAUUCUUCGUAUUGUUCAUUCUUCUUAUUCAUUCUUCGUUUUCUUCAUUCUUCGUAUUUUUCAUUAUUCUUAUUCAUUCUUCGUCUUCUUCAUUCUUCGUCUUCUUCAUUUUUCUUCUUCAUUCUUUCUCUUCCUUUUUCUUCUUCAUUCUUCGUAUUUUUCAUUCUUCUUAUUCAUUCUACUUCUUCAUUCUUCGUAUUUUUCAUUCUUCUUAUUCAUUCUUCGUCUUUUUCAUUCUUCGUAUUCUUCAUUUUUCUCCUUCAUUCUUCGUAUUUUUCAUUCUUCUUAUUCAUUCUUCGUUUUCUUCAUUCUUCGUAUUUUUCAUUCUUCUUAUUCAUUCUUCGUCUUCUUCAUUCUUCGUAUUCUUCAUUUUUCUCCUUCAUUCUUCGUUUUUUUCAUUCUUCUUAUUCAUUCUUCGUCUUCUUCAUUCUUCGUCUUCUUCAUUUUUCUUCUUCAUUCUUCGUGUUUUUCAUUCUUCUUAUUCAUUCUUCGUCUUAUUCAUUCUUCGUAUUCUUCAUUCUUCUUAUUCAUUCUUCGUCUUCUUCAUUCUUCGUAUUUUUCAUUCUUCUUAUUCAUUCUUCGUCUUCUUUAUUCUUCGUAUUCUUCAUUUUUCUCCUUCAUUCUUCGUAUUUUUCAUUCUUCUUAUUCAUUCUUCGUCUUCUUCAUUCUUCGUCUCCUUCAUUUUUCUUUAUCAUUCUUCGUAUUUUUCAUUCUUCUUAUUCAUUCUUCGUCUUUUUCAUUCUUCGUAUUCUUCAUUUUUCUUCUUCAUUCUUCGUAUUUUUCAUUCUUCUUAUUCAUUCUUCGUCUUUUUCAUUCUUCGUUUUCUUCAUUCUUCGUAUAUUUCAAUUUUCUUAUUCAUUUUUCGUCUUCUUCAUUCUUCGUCUUCUUCAUUUUUCUUCGUCAUUCUUCGUAUUUUUCAUUCUUCUUAUUCAUUCUUCGUCUUUUUCAUUCUUCGUAUUCUUCAUUUUUCUCCUGCAUUCUUCGUAUUUUUCAUUCUUCUUAUUCAUUCUUCGUCUUUUUCAUUCUUCGUAUUCUUUAUUUUUCUUCUUCAUUCUUCGUAUUUUUCAUUCUUCUUAUUCAUUCUUCGUUUUCUUCAUUCUUCGUAUUUUUCAUUCUUCUUAUUCAUUCUUCGUCUUUUUCAUUCUUCGUAUUCUUCAUUUUUCUUCUUCAUUCUUCGCAUUUUUCAUUCUUCUUAUUCAUUCUUCGUCUUUUUCAUUCUUCGUAUUUUUCAUUCUUCUUAUUCAUUCUUCGUCUUCUUCAUUCUUCGUCUUCUUCAUUUUUCUUCUUCAUUCUUCGUAUUUUUCAUUCUUCUUAUUCAUUCUUCGUCUUUUUCAUUCUUCGUAUUCUUCAUUUUUCUUCUUCAUUCUUCGUAUUUUUUAUUCUUCUUAUUCAUUCUUCGUCUUUUUCAUUCUUCGUAUUCUUCCUUUUUCUUCUUCAUUCUUCGUAUUUUUCAUUCUUCUUAUUCAUUCUUCGUCUUUUUCAUUCUUCGUAUUCUUCAUUUUUCUCCUUCAUUCUUCGUAUUUUUCAUUCUUCUUAUUCAUUCUUCGUUUUCUUCAUUCUUCGUAUUUUUCAUUCUUCUUAUUCAUUCUUCGUCUUCUUCCUGUUCUUCUUCGUCUUCUUCAUUUUUCUUUCUUCUUCUUCUGUAUUUUUCAUUCUUCAUUCUUCGUCUUUUUCAUUCUUCGUAUUCUUAUUUUUUCUUUCUUCGUCUUUUUCAUUCUUCUUAUUCUUCAUUUUUCCUUCAUUCUUCGUAUUUUUCAUUCUUCUUAUUCAUUCUUCGUCUUCUUCAUUCUUCGUCUUCAUUUUUCUUUAUCAUUCUUCGUAUUUUUCAUUCUUCUUCUUUCAUUCUUCGUCUUUUUCAUUCUUCCUAUUCUUCAUUUUUCUCCUUCAUUCUUCGUAUUUUUCAUUCUUAUUCAUUCUUCGUCUUCUUCAUUCUUCGUCUUCUUCAUUUUUUCUUCUUCAUUCUUCGUAUUUUUCAUUCUUAUUCAUUCUUCGUCUUAUUCAUUCUUCGUAUUCUUCAUUUUUCUCCUUCAUUCUUCGUAUUUUUCAUUCUUCUUAUUCAUUCUUCGUCUUCUUCAUUCUUCGUAUUUUUCAUUCUUCUUAUUCAUUCUUCGUCUUCUUCAUUCUUCGUAUUUUUCAUUCUUCUUAUUCAUUCUUCGUCUUCUUUAUUCUUCGUACUCUUCAUUUUUCUUCUUCAUUCUUCGUAUUUUUCAUUCUUCUUAUUCAUUCUUCGUCUUUUUCAUUCUUUGUAUUCUUCAUUUUUCUCCUUCAUUCUUCGUAUUUUUCAUUCUUCUUAUUCAUUCUUCGACUUCUUCAUUCUUCGUAUUCUUCAUUUUUCUUCUUCAUUCUUCGUAUUUUUCAUUCUUCUUAUUCAUUCUUCGUCUUUUUCAUUCUUCGUAUUCUUCAUUUUUCUUUUUCAUUCUUCGUAUUUUUCAUUCUUCUCAUUCAUUCUUCGUCUUCUUCAUUAUUUGUAUUCUUCAUUUUUCUUCUUCAUUCUUCGUAUUUUUCAUUCUUCUUAUUCAUUCUUCGACUUCUUCAUUCUUCGUAUUCUUCAUUUUUCUCCUUCAUUCUUCGUAUUUUUCAUUCUUCUCAUUCAUUCUUCGUCUUCUUCAUUCUUCGUCUUCUUCAUUUUUUUCAUCUACAUUUUCCUUCUUCUUCAUUCAUCAUUCUUCUUCCUCAUCCUUCACCUCUUCGUCUUCUUCAUUUUUCUUCUUUUACUGUCCCUUUUCUAUCUACGAUUUCAUCGUUUUCUUUUUUUUCAUACAACUUAUACAUUUAUUUCUUCUUCUUCUUCUUCUUCUUCUUUCCCUAAUACUUAUGCAAUCAUUGCCUUUUUUCUUCUUUCCCUCCAUUCUUCAUUGACUUUCAUUCACCUAUUCAAUGAAGUCUUUUUUUUUCUUAUACUCCUUCGUCUACUUUCUUUCUUUCCUUUUUCUUUCUUUCUUUUUAUUUUCGUAAUAUCUAUACACUUGCCUUCAUCUUUCUCUUUUCCACCAGUCUUCUUUUUCCUCUAUUAA